UUGGACUAUUUGAAACGUCGGGAAGUGUUCCUGUACAAAAUGAUGAAUGAUCCCAGUCACAAGGCCAUGCUCUAUUUCCUCGAAGUGUUGAUGAACUCCGAUAGUCCGGUUACCGUGGAUCAAUUGGCUGCUCGAUUCUCACACAAAUCGUUCAGUCAGGAAAUGCGUGAGGCCUGUGGAGGAGGUAGUGCCGAGGGUCUACGCGAGUUUCUUCAGCGCUUUCCCUCACUGUUCAAUGUGCGUGAGAAUGGUCAAGUCACCUCGGUCUCGAUCGAGUUGCCCGGAUUGGAUACGCUACCGGACGGAAUGAGUGAGUUGGAUUUGUGUCUCGGAUCGACCAACCAUUGCUCAUCCGUUUCCGGUGAGAGCAACUACUCGACGAAUCAGUCCACAGCAAACGCCGAGCCGUCGUUGUUCAGUGUGAGCAAAUCGUCUAAAUCGACCAACGGUCAGCGUGGAGCUAAAACUCGCCUUAAUGGAACCAAUGCGGGUGAUGUGGCUAAAACCAAGAGUACAAGUUCGCUCUCGUUGGCCUCCUCUCCAUCAAAUCACUCAUCCCAGAGCUCUUCCGGUUCCAUGUCUUCGUUCACCGGCCAAAACGGGCUUGAUCCAAAUCGACGAGCCGACGAUGGGCACGGCGGGAACGAGAAAAAUAGAUCAAACGGUAUAGCGCCGACAAAUAUUUGCCGUCGUGUUUCCAACCCAACAAUGUGUGGAUGGAACAAGAACACAGCUGUAUACCAACCACCUCCGUUGAGAGAACAAGCCCGGUUGGCAGCAGCUGCAAAUACAACUUGUGAACUCUGCCGAUCGAAACUCCAAUUGUGCUCAAAUACCGAUGCGGCCACGCUGCCUGUGGCAUCGCGGUCUACAUGUGUGCAUUGUCCUCUACUCGAUCUGACAUGUCAUCAUCACUGUCCGGCUUCACAUCAUCAUGUGCAAACACACUGUUUAUGUACCACCACGAGAUUGACCCCGACCACACACUGUCAUCACUGUCAUCCAGUUCACCCAUCAAGCGGUAGCAUUAGAUCGAAUCUGAUGCCCACCACCUAUUGUGCUCUCCCACCCAUGGAAAAACUUCUGCUCGAAACUGAAGCGGUUCGAUUUUUCCAGCAACGUCUGCUCAAACGAGAAGAACGAUGGGUGCCGAUAAAAAGCUUGGCCGGUCACUUAUCACAAGCCACCCCGGAAGUACGUGCUGUUGUAGGUCCGCAGUUAGAAUUCCGACAUUUUCUGCUCAAGCAUCCACACGUGUUCGAAGUCCAAGGCGAGUUGGUUAGUGUUAGAGAUCCAUUUAGCAAUCUUCCCACGCAGCGUCGUACACGUGAUCGGUUUUCAUGUUCAAACUCUACCGGAAAUUCCAAUGUGAUUCAUACGAGUUUCUCAUCUAACAAUCUGCUCUCUUCAAGCCUUAAUGGCGGUAAUGGUGGUGGCGGUGGUGGAUUUGGGAAAUCUGCCGGUGGGUCUGAGCGAGCCCAAAGACCAAAAUCCUUAAUUUUAACUACACCACAGCAAUUGGGAGCUUUGUCAUUCGCAACGAACCUUAACGGGAACAAUCGACGUCAACAGGAACAUCGUCGUUCGACCCACUUUGCCGAGAAUUUCGUCACAGCCUCAUAUCCGGCUUCAGGCGGUGCAAGUCGUUCCGGAAGCACAAGUUCCGCCCCAACCACACCCACAGGGUCAAAUCCAACGUUGACCUCAAGUCAACGUGCUGUGGCUUUCAAACCAAUCAAUCGUAGAGAAACGAUUGCGGACGGAUAUUUGACACAAUCAUUGCUCAGUGCAGCCACCGGGGUCACUUCAUCUACUGAUGCAGAACCGUUAACGAACUUCAGCUCUACCAUGCCCAGCUUGUCCACAGCCAACAGUAUUAGCAUAAGUAUGUCAGCAAACGAGUAUCGAGCAAUUAUGUUUCUACGAAAAGUGCUAGAGAAGCGAGGUGGUGCACCGGGUCAAUUGGGUCUUCAACUGACGGAACUAAUGCAGUUUCUAUCGACCAAAGCCCCCGAGAGUGUGCAAUCUACCAUUGGUUGGACAAAAAUCGAACUGGAAGAGUUCGUGUGUCAGCACAAUCUCUUUUUCGACGUACGCCGAGGACCGGUGCCUAAAGCGGCGAAUCAAACAGCAGGCAAUGCAACAAGCACUACCAAUAUCACGAAUAACAACAACAAUGUCUCAAAAUCAACGAGCGGUCCAAACCAGUCAUUAUCGAAUUCCUCCGAACCACUGAUUCUAGUGACAAAUAAACGUCUGGAACGUAUGAUCAAUAUCGUGAUUACUGGCACGAAACCCGUUGAAGAAAAUGCUAGAACAUUGACAAAUCGGUGCGGUCGCAUCUUCCACGUGGCCAAAUUAUGGGGAAUUAUCGAUCUGGGUCGGCAUGAACACGUGUUCUUUGACAAAUCCAUUUUUAAGCACGUGGAUGAUCUACAAAAACACUUCCAAGUAAGUCUCCUCCAAUAUUUGAUCUGUUUCGUUUGA